GAGCAGCUAAUUGAGAAUAUAGCUGCAGCUGGGAGAACCAAGCCCCACCAGCUUAGACUCUUGGAAAAGCAAGAACAAGCCAAGAGACAGCAAAGAAAAAACAACAACAUCCUCGUAAAACAAGGACUUGACACACCAAAAACCUCCCCCUAAAUUACACUAAACAGCAAACAAACAAACCAAGCAGGACAGAAGCAUGUCAGGAGCAGAGAGAUACAUGGAUGAAUGCUACAGUCACCCAGCCUUACUCCAGGGCUGCACACAAGAAGUUGAAAGUAGCAGUGGAAGUUUAAAGGUGCAGAGGAUGUGCGCCUCUAGGCGGAUACUGCUGCUCGCACUCACCUUCCUGGCAUACACAGUGGACUCCACAUCGGCAUAUGGCACUGCUGAAACGCUCUGUGGUGGGGAACUAGUAGACACAUUGCAGUUUGUCUGUGGGGACAGGGGCUUCUACUUCAGUAGACCUGUGGGACGAAAUAACAGAAGAUUCAACCGUGGCAUAGUGGAGGAGUGCUGUUUUCGGAGUUGCGACCUUGCUCUUUUGGAAACGUACUGUGCAAAGUCUGUUAAGUCUGAGCGGGACCUCUCGUCCUCUUCUCUUGUGGUCCUACCAGCACUAAGCAAGGAUAGCUUUCAAAAACCUUCACAUGUCAAGUACUCCAAAUAUGAUGUGUGGCAGAAAAAGAGCUCACAGCGCCUACAACAGGGAGUUCCCAGCAUCCUCCGCGCUCGCAGGUACCGGUGGCAAGCUGAAGGGCUGCAAGCAUCUGAUGAAACCAAGGUGCAUCGUCCCCUCAUCUCCCUGCCCAGCCAGAAGCCCCUGGUAGUGCAAGUUUCCUCAGAAACAUCAGGCAAUCGGAAAUGAACUGUGAAAUGGAUUCUAUUUUUUUUUUAAAUCUCCUGGGGGGGACUUUUGAGGCCUAACUUCCCUAGCCCUUAGCCCUCUUGGCUGUGAAGCAAGAGGGAUUUUGCCUUUCCACCCAGAAGCAAUAAAAAGGGGGCACUGUAACGCCAAUUUAAAGAGAACCAAACAACUGACUUAGUGAGAAGGGGAUUACAGCAUUGUCAGCAACAACAUAAUUUCUGUGGCAUUGUCCUUUAAGCAUUAAAGUGUUUUUUUUUUAAACUUCUGUUUUGUUUUGUUCCCCCACUAGCCAGUAUUUUCAAGCCCAUACUUAAAAGGGACCGUUUGGCACUUGAACUGUUUUAAUAUUGGGCAGGGCAUGACAUUCCACGUGCCAGCAACAGAAGGCAAAAGAAAGAGCAAGAGCAAGAAAAAAAAGAAUAUGAAAUUGAAAACCAGAAGAGUCCAUUCCAUGUCUUUCUUGACAAUAAAGUGAAAAAAAUGGGGCAAAAUUUAUUUGGAGGGGUUAAAUUUUUUCUCAUUCCCUCCCCACUUUUUUGUUUGGUAUUUUUUCUUAUUUUUGUAAAGCGCAAUUUUUUUUUUUGCACCUUUACUUAAAAAAAAAAAAGUAACUGAGAAGAAAUUCCAAGAAGACCCAUCUGAAUUUAUUUGUGUGUAUGUGCUUAAUUACAAGAUUCCAAAUCGACUUGCACCUUUUUAAAAUCACGGAUGAAGUGUGAGAAAGAGGUAAAGGAAAGGGGGAAAAAUAAAAAAGAGGAAGUGAACUGAUGUUCACUUUAAAUAGAGGAGGCGUCUGCAUUGCACAUUUGCCACGGAUUUAGUUGAUUUAUAUAUAUAAUAUAUAUAACUUUUUUUGGCAAAAAGCACUAUUUUUAUGGAACAAUUUUUGUGUAGUAUCUGAAGAGGGAUUGUAAUGUUUAAAAUGUGUUAUGGUGCUAAAGUAAGUUGGA